CGGGGGGCCCAGCCCCGCAUCCCUCGCCAUGGGCCUGGCCUUCGCCUGUGGGCCCUGAGCAUGGAGCGGGGCUGGCCGCCGGGGGAGAGCUGCAGCGGGGAGCGGCCCGCCGUCUGCCGCCGCGCCCUCAGCGUCUGCGACUCGCUGGACUUGCACAGCUCCCCGGCCGAUCGGACCGCCGCCGCCCUGCAGGCCGCCCUGUGCGCCGCGCGCGAACAAACCGCGCGGCCGCGGAGCGUGUGCUCCGGAACCCCGGGAUCGGCGCCCUCCGGCGCACGCGGCCUGCUGCUCGGCCUCCUUCGCCCGCGCCACGGCCGUCGGGGCCCUGCGCCCUCGGAACGGCCUGGCUCGCCGGUGCCCAGCCCUGAGCCCAGCCCGGCGCCCGUCCGGCGCAGCCGCGGCCCCGGAGAACGGGCAGCCAGGCCACGGCCCACCAGCAUGACGUUCCUGGAGGUGAACCGUCUAGAGCUGGCGGCGACGGAGACACCGGGCGCUGGGCUUGGCCGAACGGGGAGUUCGGGCUUCCUGCGGGGCGCGUCGCUGUGGAGUAGCCAGCGUUGGCAGGUGUUCCGCGGUGGCGGCGGACGCGGUAGCACGGAGAGUCCCCGGCGCGGCUUGUCUGCGCUCAGGAAAAGCUUCAGCUUCCGUCUGCGCCGCGGCCAAGAGAUACGGCGCUCCGAGUCGGGGCUGCUUGCCCGGCCGCCCCGCGCGCGCACCCGCAGUGACGGCGACGCCAGCUCCUUGGGUACCUUUCCCAGCCGCCGAGACCUGCUGGGCGCCGACACCCCGUGCGCGCCGCCAGAGCCCGGCCGCCCCCGCGCCGCCGCCAGCCUCUGGAAGCUGCUCACCAGCCGCUUCCGCAGGAGAGAGCCCGCACCUGCGGCGCCGCUGUGGAGCCGCCGGGCAGCCCGGGCCCCGGGGCUCCUGGGCACUUCGAGCGACUCAUUUGUGAACAGCCAGGAGUGGACCCUGAGCCGCUCUGUGCCAGAGCUCAAAGUGGGCAUAGUGGGGAACCUGUCUAGUGGGAAAUCAGCCUUGGUACACCGAUACCUGACAGGGACCUACGUCCAGGAAGAGUCCCCUGAAGGGGGUCGAUUUAAAAAGGAGAUUGUGGUGGAUGGCCAGAGUUACCUGCUGCUGAUCCGAGAUGAAGGAGGUCCCCCUGAGCUCCAGUUUGCUGCCUGGGUGGAUGCAGUGGUGUUUGUGUUCAGCCUGGAGGAUGAAAUCAGCUUCCAGACGGUGUACAACUACUUCCUGCGCCUCUGCAGCUUCAGAAAUGCCAGCGAGGUGCCCAUGGUGCUAGUGGGCACACAGGAUGCCAUCAGUGCCGCCAAUCCCCGGGUCAUUGAUGACAGCAGGGCCCGCAAGCUGUCCACAGACCUGAAGCGCUGCACCUACUACGAAACAUGUGCAACCUAUGGGCUCAAUGUGGAACGAGUCUUCCAGGAUGUGGCCCAGAAAGUGGUAGCCUUGCGGAAGAAGCAGCAGCUGGCCAUUGGGCCCUGCAAGUCCCUGCCCAACUCACCCAGCCACUCGGCCGUGUCUGCUGCCUCCAUCCCGGCUGUACACAUCAAUCAGGCCACGAAUGGCGGCAGCAGCGCCUUCAGUGACUACUCGUCCUCAGUCCCCUCCACCCCCAGCAUCAGCCAGCGGGAGUUGCGCAUCGAGACCAUCGCUGCCUCCUCCACUCCCACGCCCAUCCGCAAGCAAUCCAAGAGGCGCUCCAACAUCUUCACGUCUCGAAAAGGUGCUGACCUGGACCGAGAGAAGAAGGCUGCUGAGUGCAAAGUAGACAGCAUUGGUAGCGGCCGGGCCAUCCCCAUCAAGCAGGGGAUCCUGCUAAAGAGGAGUGGCAAGUCCUUGAACAAGGAGUGGAAGAAGAAGUAUGUGACACUCUGUGACAACGGGUUGCUUACUUACCACCCCAGCCUGCACGAUUACAUGCAGAACAUCCAUGGCAAGGAGAUUGACCUCCUACGGACCACCGUGAAAGUGCCAGGGAAACGCCUGCCCCGAGCCACACCUACCACAGCCCCAGGCACCAGUCCCCGUGCCAAUGGCUUGGCCAUGGAGCGGAGUAACACACAGCUGGGUGGAGGCACAGGUGCCCCCCACUUGGCCAGCAGCGCAUCCCUGCAUUCUGAGCGCCCCCACGGCAGCUCAGCCUGGGCUGGCUUGCGCCCUGAGGGGCUGCACCAGCGCUCCUGCUCGGUUUCCAGUGCUGACCAGUGGAAUGAGGCAGCUGCCCUGCCUGCCAGCGUGCAGCACCCUGCCAGUGGCCCAGCUGAGGUACUCAGUUCCAGCCCCAAGCUGGAGCCUCCCCCAUCUCCCCACUCCAACCGGAAGAAGCACCGCCGGAAAAAGAGCACCACCGGGACCCCCCGACCAGACGGCCCCAGCAGUGCUGCUGAAGAGGCAGAGGAGUCCUUUGAGUUUGUGGUGGUGUCCCUCACCGGUCAGACCUGGCACUUUGAGGCCUCAACGGCAGAAGAACGGGAGCUGUGGGUACAGAGCGUGCAGGCCCAAAUCCUCGCCAGCCUCCAGGGCUGUCGCAGCGCCAAGGACAAGACUCGGCUGGGGAACCAGAACACAGCUCUGGCUGUGCAGGCUGUCCGCACGGUCCGUGGCAACAGCUUCUGUAUUGACUGUGAAGCCCCCAAUCCAGACUGGGCCAGCCUGAAUCUGGGUGCCCUGAUGUGUAUCGAGUGUUCAGGGAUCCACCGACACUUGGGGGCUCACCUGUCCCGGGUCCGCUCCUUGGACCUUGAUGACUGGCCACCUGAACUGCUAGCUGUCAUGACUGCAAUGGGCAAUGCUUUGGCUAACAGUGUCUGGGAGGGGGCUCUGGAUGGCUACUCGAAGCCAGGCCCCGAAGCCUGCAGAGAGGAAAAGGAGCGCUGGAUCCGGGCCAAGUAUGAACAGAAGCUCUUCCUGGCCCCGCUACCAAGCUCGGAUGUGCCGCUGGGGCAGCAGUUACUCCGGGCUGUAGUGGAGGAUGACCUGCGGCUGUUGGUGAUGCUGCUGGCCCAUGGGUCCAAGGAGGAGGUGAACGAGACAUACGGGGAUGGUGAUGGGAGGACAGCCCUGCACCUGUCCAGUGCCAUGGCCAAUGUGGUCUUUACACAGCUGCUCAUCUGGUACGGGGUGGAUGUGAGGAGCCGUGAUGCCCGGGGUCUGACUCCGCUGGCCUAUGCCCGCCGGGCCGGCAGCCAGGAAUGUGCGGACAUCUUGAUUCAGCAUGGGUGCCCUGUGGAGGGCUGUGGGUUAGCACCCACUCCCAACAGAGAGCCUGCCAAUGGCACCAAUUCCUCUGCAGAGCUGCACCGCAGCCCUAGUCUCCUAUGAAGCUCAGGAAGAGGGCAGAGGGACCAGAAGGACUCCAUGGCCUGGAGGACACAGAGAUGGAGAAGCAGGGAUGCACAGUGAAGAAGAGGACAGGAGAAGAGUCCAGGGAUGGAGGAGAGCUUUGGGAUUUGAGCUGCAGCAGAGAGCAGGAGUGUGUUGUGCAGCCCUCUGCCCUAUGGUGCCAUUAAGGGACAGAACCCUUUGGAGGUACCUGUGAGGAGAGGGGGGCAGGACCUCUCCCUCCUCCAGACCCUGCCUCCUCAUGACAGCUCCCACAAGCCUUCACCCUGCAAUGGGUGGGAAAGGACAGGACACAGGAUGAGAGACCAGGGGGCCAGUCUGUGAGUCCCAUGUAAAAUUUGUACAUCGAAGUAUUUAUGUUUGUGUAUAUACGUGGCGUGUGUAUGAUGAGCCAAUAAACCAGGCUGUAUGUGUGGU